UUAAAUUUAUGGGAAGUUUCGCAGAGGAAAAAAAGGAAAUUUUAAAAAGCUACAUCUUAAGACAAUAUUAUAUAGUUCAGUGCCAAGAGGACUAACAUAGAAGAAUAAUUAGCUUCUGGGAAAAUCCAAUGACUGGCUUAAUCCAAGUUAAGGAAAUAUACGGGCCUAGACCUAUAUAAUGAUUAUCAGGUGAUUCAGAAAGAAUUGUCCGUUUACAAAGCAACAAAGAUCAGUUGCCUGCUGUGUUAAGAACGAAUCCUGCCUGUAGUUAUCUUCUUGAACCCUGCAGGAAGUUUGGAUUUGGACUUUAUAAUCUGCCUUUCUAAUGAAAGGUCUAAAACAGACCACGUUAAGUCAAGAUUAGAAAGUCAGUUUUUCUUGCCCUUAAAGAUCGAUUGACUUUACAACAGCGGUCCCGAGAGGAUCUAGAUCAUUCGAGAUCUACAGUUCAACCAAGCGUACAGUUCAUACGGAGGAUACAUAUUCAACAUCUAUUUACAGGCACAUAAUGGAACACACUCAAGGACGAAAGAAACUUGUCGUGCUCAAAGAUACUGCCAGUGUAUCACACCGCAAUGAAUUAUGGGCCAAGUUUUCAAUACUAGCAGUUCUUGUAAUCGUCAUCCCUUGUUUAGCAUGGUAUCUUAGCGGAUUAACAAAAGAAUCCAAUCUUGCUGGAGUUAGCAAUGGUAAACUCGAGAAAGACUACACCACCUGGGGUAAAUUUCAAACUCCUAUCAGCUCUUGGAGAGACAAUAUUUAUUAUAUAAAUGGCUCCUCUUCGGACUUUUCAUUGUUGGAUGACAAAAACUUAAUAGGUGUAUUUUUAAUUUUCUUUUGCGGAAAUAUUCAACGAUAUUUUCAAAUGGCCCGUGUAAUGUUUAGUCUACUUUUGCAGCAUUUGCUAUUUAUCGUAUCUCGUUUAAUUAAAAAGUUUGGACACAAAAAACUAAUCUGUUUUUUAGUAAUCAGUACACUACUCUGUACAAGUUACAUUACUGGUCUGGUGUGUUCCGUGGAACUAAUUCUGACUAAGUUGGGCACCAGAAUAUUUAAUUGUAUGGAGAGCAUGAUUUAUGACUCAAACGACGAAUUGCCAGAACUUGUAACGGCGCGCCAAACACAUCCAUCUACAAUGGGCAAGUCCGCUCCGUUUUUUCUCUAUAAAUACUACCGGUUUCCUUUAGAAGAUGUUGUUUUUAAAUGUGAGUAUCAAACAACAGAUCCUAAACCUUUCCGUAGAAGUGCCAAUUGGAGAAAAAAUGGACUGCCGUUGCAAAUUAAUGACUCUAGAAUCCAAAUAAAAAUAACCAUCAGUAAAGUUGAUAAUUUAGAACUCUAUAACGUGCUCUCUGUGUUAACUAUUCAACUGCUAGAGGAAAGUGACUUUGCACACUAUACUUGUGAGUAUCAUAACCCUUACAAUUCUUUUGUUCAGCCUGGACCAACCAUGAGUGAAGGAUUUCACCGAUCCCCUCAUCUGAAGCCAAUACCUUCCAAUCCAAAGUGUAACUGUCAACCAAAGCCACCAACAUCCAAUAAAUGCAGGCAACCUGUAUAUGUUGAAAUUUAUGAAUGUUUCUCUGAAUUUGCCCUCGUAAGACAAAAGGAAAAAGUUGUCACUAAGUUCUUAACUCCUGGUAGCUUGUUUAUCGAAACUGUACAUUAUAGAACUAUUGAAGAUAAUGUAAACAUAGAAAUUGAUACUUAUGGCAAAGAAAUUCUAAGCCCAGAAGAGAACUGCUGCUCAACAUUUUUGAUGAUGUAUUGGCGUCUUUUUCGUGGUGGGGGCUAUUUCUCUGCGCGUCCUCCGUUCACGCGAACAAUUCUUACGGACGAGGGAUUACUUUUUCAACGCUAUCAAUGUUUGUGUAAACACAGUUUCGGUAUGAGAGAGUUUAAAAUAUUUAGAAGUUUUGUUAAUGCUACAGAUGGAAGAAGAGAUAGCUCUGAGAUUAUUUUCCCAGUCAGGCACAAACUUUUUCCAGUGUAUUCUUUUCUCUGGGAGAGCCCACAUCACGACUAUGAAUCAGUAACGGACGACGAUUCAAACUGUUUUGACUCGAACUUUUCAAAUACAAACUGCAGAACAAUGGAACGUUUGUUGGAAUCCAGUAUGGAAUUUUACUUUUUUUUCGAAAAUCUGUUUCUUUUUGUUAUGGUAAUUAUUUUUUCUUUUAUAGUUGGAAGUUUGCCUUAUAUUGUCAGAAAAAAAAUGAUACGCCCUAUUUUGAACGCAGUUCUGUAUUUCAAACAAGAGGACAUACAAUUUGAGUCUGUUGCUGGCAAACCUUUGAAAAACCUUCAGUCGAUCGUUAAAUUGCAGACUGAUGACAUAUCCACUUAUGAAAACUGUAAAGACUAUGAUAUUUACAUAUCUUACGAUGAAGAGGUUGAAUAUGACCUGAUGAUAGCUGAACACAUCAAAGGGAUUCUGAUGUCAAGGAAUUUAUCCAUAUUUGACGCUCACAAAGAUGUCCCACUAGGACACCCAACGUUCACGGAGAUAGAAAAAGCAAUAGCUCACAGUUCAAGAUUUGUUGUAAUCACUUCUCAGAGCUACGUGGAGCACAAAGUCUUGGAAUUUAAUGCUGUACAGACAACUAUCAUUGGCAAAGGCUUCAAGCUUAAAGACAGACUUCUUAUUAUUAAGUCUGAUGAUUGCGAAAUCGAUAGGCUAUAUCUUGUACCUUGCAUACGACUAACUGACUAUUUGAAAAAGAGGGAUGCAUUAGAUGAAAAAGUUAUCGAUACAUUUCUGAAAUGGGAGACGAUAACUAGACCUCUUGUCGUGGAGAAUUCUUCCUUUGGAGUUGAUAAUAUCCUGGAGCUUCUAAGAACUCCCAAAAUAUUGAACGCAGUUAUUAUAGCAUUAAGUUUUAUCAUAAUAAUAGUUGCACGUUUAGUUUACCUUGACAUUUAAUUGAUCACUUGCCUAAAAGACGCGAAGAAAAACAUUACUUCUAUUCAGUCAGCAAUACUUCAAUUCCAGUAUUGAAAAAAAGAAUGGACGUUGGUGAUGGGAGAAUCAAGGCUUAGACACAUCACUAAAUGCGUUGAUGUCUAUGCGCUUGAGGAUUACCUUGCCUUCUGUUCCCUUCACGUUUCCAGUGAAUGACUACCCUGAUGUUCUGAAGCAGUGAUUCCCAAAGUGGGGUUCGCGUACCCCCAGGGGUAACGGGAAGAGUUUGAAGGGGCUACGCGUAUCACAUGGUUAACUAUGCUGAUGUUUUAAAAUUCCCAUUUAGUUUAUGCAUUAGGAUAAAAGAUAAUAAGUUUAAAUUCUUGUUAUUAUUUAUUCUAAGUUUUUACAAACUCAAAUACGGCGCUAGUUUACAUUUGAAGACUAAGUUCUACAAAGAUCAGAAGCUGGAAAGGGAUGGUACAACUUCCGUCAACACGCCCAUUUUUUUCAAUGAAGAAAAAUUGUCUAUAAUUAUAGAAUGCAUUUAUUGUGAUACACUAAUUAUUUUGUAUAUAAAGGCUUAUAAAA